UAAAGGGUGUCUCUGUUUUCUUUUUAUGAUUCUUCUCUCCCAAUCAGAUGCUUUGAUUAAGAUUUCAAGAGUGUCCCCAUGGAGUACGCAGUUGUUUGACGCUCUCUAGAGUCCUAAUUCCACCUCUUCUUUCAUCGUUUGUUUCCCUUUCUUUUUUUAAUCUUCUCUUUAUUUUCCGAGAAAAUGUUGAACCUAACGGAAAAUCCAAAGCUGGAUUCAACAUCUUCCAACGAGAUAUCCACACAAAAAAUAUCAGUUUCGGAUCAUAUCAAUGGCUUUCAAUACUCAACCGAUAAUAAAUCCGAUAGCUUUGUUCUCGACUUGGAAGGUUUCUCUCAUGGAGGAUCCAAUAAAGAAAUCAAUCAGAAUUCAAGAUUUACAAGAAGUCUUUCUCGGAAAGGGUCCCAGAGAGGAGGGGACAAAAGUUCCAGUUGUAUAAAUUCAAAUUGGUCUAGCACGGCUGAAAAGCCGGUGACAGCCGCUGUAGUGUCAACCGAUACGACCAACAAUCCGCAAGUUCAUCAUCAGAUCACCAUUACCACUGGCAAUAUCACACCUGCAACCGAGAGCAGAUUCAAUCUACAGAGAAACAAUUCCCGUCGUUUUUCUUCCCCGUGGUAUUUCGAUCCCAAGAGGAUUCUCUUCAUCUUUGCCACACUAUCGAGCAUGGGUACGAUUUUGCUGAUAUAUUUCACAUUGUCGAUUUACAAAACGAACGGAGAUAGGGAUGCAUUCGAUUAGUACGUAGCCGGAGACUAUACUCACCAACUUACUGCUAACUAAAAGCAACAUUGCAAGUUGCAACAUGACAUACACAUGGUAGCUCAAAUCAAAAACCGAUGGGAGUGGUUGAGAAUGAAAAGGAAGACUGAAGAAAGAAGACAAAAGGGAAUGCUUAUAUUAAAGAUAGCUUCAUGUGUAGAGUUAAAAAAAGGUCAAAUGAUGACAAGUACAUCACUCCACUGUGACAAAGAUCUGGAAUCUUUCCUUUUUUAAUAUGUAUGUACGUGUGUGUAUUUAUGUAAGAGAUGGAAAGAAGAUGAUAUGUUGAACUUUGUUGUGC